UAUGCAGUCCAACAAUUCUCACAAUGCACUUCAUUCGACUAUUUGUCGCCUUCCCACGGAACUCCUCUGUCAAAUCUUUCUGUACUGCAUGCCAGAAGACGAAGAAUGGACGCCUGGACCAGAUCCGAGUCUAGCCCCCAUGCUGUUGACCACAAUAUGUCGACGAUGGCGGGACGUUGCUGUGGACAUACCGAGUCUAUGGCGCAAGCUGCGAUUGGAAGUCGGAGACAGUGACUGGCAGAAGAAAGCUUUCUGCUAUGAGUCCUACCUCAAGCGAUCACAAGGACGUCAGUCAUUGACACUCGAGAUUCGUGACGAAGACUGGACGGUGCCACGAAGCCUGCUCCAACCAUAUGUCCAUCAAAUCUCGAAUCUGUCUAUCGAGUUAUUCCCCGGGGUUGACUCCUGCCCAGUGGUGGCAGCGGACUUCGGCGGACUUCAGGAGCUGAGCGUGCACAAUUACGGUACUGCAGAAGCCAUCGCGAAUUCUGUCGCACAAUUGCCUCCCAACGUGCACAGUCUGAAGUUGACGAACGUGUGGCUUACCAAGAGGGAGUUAUCUGGCUUCAAUCCUCUUGCAUGGGCCAGUCUCACAAGUCUUGAGAUCAUGGUAGAGGAAUUAAACUUGAUCCCCUGCUUGCUCCGUCUAUGUCCCAACCUCUCGUCCUUGACGAUGAUAGGAAACUUCACGGGGGAGAUCGAGACCUCAGAAAUAUUGGAGCACACCAAACUUCAAUCUUUGCACCUAGACGAGGCCUCGGAUGUCGACACGCGCGAGAACGCGAGCAGAAUUUUCGAGCUAUUCGAUGCCGUGACACUCCCCAAUCUACGGGAGGUCAAGGUUUGCAAUAUAGGACGAUGGCCUCACGAAGAGUUCAAGGAGCUUUUGGAACGGUCACAGUGUCCCCUAGAGCGCCUGACCUUUGAUGGUUUUGUGAUAAGAAAGAAAGAAGAGCUAGCAGAAUAUGUCACCCUUCUUCCUUUGCUUAAAAUAGCGAUGUACCCUCAUUAUUAACAGACCAAACUCCCCAAUUUGGUUUCAAAUAGUACAUAGUAGUAUAGUAGUUGAUGAUAGCGGACUUACGAUACAGAGGUUAGAAACG